GGCGGCGGCGGCGGGAGCGAGCGGCGGGAGGAGCUCGGGAAUGGCGGCGCGGCAGGGAUCCAGCUGACCCAGAGGAACAUCCCGAGCCGGAUUCAGCCCUGGAAUGUGAGGAGAUUCCACAGAAAGAUGCAGCAGUGGAGAUGGGGCGAUUCCCACGCCGUCCUUCCCUUUGCCGAGUGGGAUUUUCCAUGGCUGCACGAAGAGUUGGUUGUUCCUUCCUGAGCUUGUGAUGCCCGUCUCCGUGGAAUUGCACUUUUCCUGGGAAGCCCUGCCGGGAGAGGAGGAUGCUCAGCGGCUGGACCACAUGCCAUGAGGUGAGUGUCGUGCCUGCUGAACUUCCCGGGACCCGCCAGCCAUGCCAGGGAUUGUCGUGUUCCGCCGCCGCUGGUCCGUGGGCAGCGAUGACCUGGUUCUGCCAGCCGUCUUCCUCUUCCUCCUGCACACCACCUGGUUCGUGAUCCUGUCCGUGGUGCUCUUCGGGCUGGUGUACAACCCCGACGAGACCUGCUCCCUGAACCUGGUGGACCACGGCCGGGGCUACCUGGGCAUCCUGCUGAGCUGCAUGAUCGCCGAGCUGGCCAUCAUCUGGCUCAGCAUGCGCGGCAGCAUCCUGUACACCGAGCCGCGCGACUCCAUGCAGUACGUCCUCUACGUCCGCCUCGCUAUCCUGGUGAUCGAGUUCGUCUAUGCCAUCGUGGGAAUCGUGUGGCUGACCCAGUACUACACCUCCUGCAACGACCUCACGGCCAAGAGCGUCACUCUGGGGAUGGUGGUGUGUAACUGGGUGGUGAUCCUGAGUGUCUGCAUCACCGUGCUCUGCGUUUUCGAUCCCACGGGAAGGACCUUCGUCAAGCUCCGGGCAACCAAGCGCCGGCAGCGCAACCUCCGCACCUACAACCUCAGACACCGGCUGGAGGAAGGCCAGGCCAGCAGCUGGACAAGGAGGCUCAAAGUGUUCCUUUGCUGCACGAGGACAAAGGACUCGCAGUCGGAUGCCUAUUCUGAGAUCGCCUACCUUUUUGCGGAGUUUUUCCGGGAUCUGGACAUCGUUCCCUCCGACAUCAUCGCGGGGCUGGUGCUCCUGAGGCAACGGCAGCGGGCCAAGCGGAAUGCCGUCCUGGAUGAGGCAAACAAUGACAUCCUGGCUUUCCUGUCCGGAAUGCCGGUGACCAGGAACACCAAGUACCUGGAUCUGAAGAACGCGGUAAGUCCCUGGAAUGUGGGAUCCUGGAAGUUCUCCUGUGUAACCUGCUUUCUCUUCCUCAGUGGCUUCUCUUAUUCCUUUCUCGUGGAGAGGACUCAGUUUUUCCUCCAUCCCAACUGUGCCAAGGGGCACUCCAGAGCUCCCACAGCUGUUGGCUGCUGGAUGUUGGGAUCGGGGCUGCCAUACAUCCAUUUGUAUCCCACUGUGUCUUCCCACUUCCCGCAGGGAAUGGUGCUCUCCGCCGAGUACAUCAAGAAGAAGCUGGAGCAGGAAAUGGUGCUUUCCCAAGCCUUCGGACGUGACUUGGGAAGAGGGACAAAACACUAUGGCUUGAUUGUGGUUGGCCAUUCCCUGGGAGCUGGAACUGCUGCCAUCCUGUCCUUCCUGCUGCGCCCCCAGUACCCCUCCCUGAAGUGCUUUGCCUAUUCCCCCCCAGGUGGGCUGCUCAGUGAGGAUGCCAUGGAGUAUUCCAAGGAGUUUGUGACUGCAGUGGUGCUUGGGAAAGAUCUGGUGCCCAGGAUCGGGCUCUCCCAGCUGGAGGGAUUCCGCCGGCAGCUCCUGGAUGUUCUCCAAAGAAGCACCAAACCAAAGUGGCGGAUCAUCGUGGGGGCCACCAAGUGCAUUCCCAAGUCGGAGCUUCCCGAGGAGCCGGAGGAGAGCUCAGUGCCGAGCCAGCGGCUGUGGGCUCACCCCAGCGACCUGACGAUCGCGCUGUCGGCCAGCACGCCCCUCUACCCGCCCGGCCGCAUCAUCCACGUCGUGCACAACCACCCCGCUGAGCAGUGCUGCUGCUGCGAGCAGGAGGAUCCCACUUAUUUCGCCAUCUGGGGGGACAACAAGGCCUUCAACGAGGUGAUCAUCUCCCCGGCCAUGCUCCAUGAACACCUUCCCUAUGUGGUCAUGGAAGGGCUCAACAAGGUCUUGGAAAACUACAACAAGGGGAAAACCGCUUUGCUUUCCGCAGCCAAGGUGAUGGUGAGUCCGACGGAAGUGGAUCUCACCCCGGAGCUGAUAUUCCAGAGCCAGCCCUUGCCCAGCGGCCCUUCCAUUCAGGUGGGAACUGGAGCCAUCCCAGCGGACAGGAGGAACAGCAGCACCAAGAGCAAAUCCCACUCGGAGAUCAGCCUGGAGGGGUUCUACGAGACGAAGCCGCUUUCCCCGGUGCAGAAGGACCCGGUGGAGCUGCUGCUCCUGGACACCAAGGAGCGCCUUUCCGUGGAGCUGCAGGACCGCCGGGCCCCUCUGGCCACCAUGGAGAGCCUCUCGGACAACGAAUCCAUCUACAGCUUCGACUCGCGGCGCUCCUCCGGCUUCCGCAGCAUCCGGGGCUCGCCCAGCCUGCACGCCGUCAUGGAGAAGGACGAGACGCACUGCUUCUACAUCGACCCCGUCAUCCCCGAGGAGAACCCUUCCCUCAGCUCCCGCACGGAGCUGCUGGCCGCCGACAGCCUCUCCAAGCAUUCCCAGGAGACUCAGCCCCCGGAGAACGUCCUCAACAGCGGGGAGACCACCCCCCGGCGCCGCUGCAGCGCGGAGGGCGCCGGGAGCGACGGGGAGCGCGGCGGCUCCUCGUCCCCCCGGGAAGAGCCGGCGCUCCACAACGGCCGCCUGGCCGACGUGCCCAGCCCACAGGUGCUGGAGUUCGCCGAGUUCAUCGACAGCCUCUUCAACCUGGACAGCAAGAGCAGCUCCUUCCAGGACAUCUACUGCAUGAUGGUGUCGGACAGCUCCAGCGACUUCGCGGAGCUCCCCAAAUCCGUGAGCGACCAGGAGAUCCUGCUGCGGGCGCAGUACGAGCCCAACCUGGUCCCGAAGCCGCCCAGGCUGUUCGCGGGAUCGACGGAUCCCUCGUCGGGCAUCUCCGUGUCGCCCUCCUUCCCCCUCAGCUCGUCCGGAGAGCUCAUGGACAUCACUCCCACGGGCGUGAGCAGCCAGGAAUGCCUGGCCACGGACAAAAUCCGGACUUCCACCCCCUCCGGACACGUAACCAGCCCUGCCAAGCAGGACGACCUCAUGAUUUCGGCCCUUUAGUGCUUGGGAAAGGGGGUGGAAUGAUCCCGGUGGGAUAAUCCAUGGAGGAGAGGAGCGGUCGGGAUCGGAGGAGACGGCCGGGAACAUCCCUUCCGGGGUGGCACAGCGGUGGCUGGAGGAUGGAUUGCGCUGGAAUGCCGUGCAUGGAGCUUGGGAGAAGCUUCGCCCCGUGGGGCCUGAGAGGGUCUGAGGCACUAAAAUUCCCUACCUCAGCCUGGCUCUCAUUCCAGAGGCAGAUUCCUUGCCCCGGGGCUCCUGCUGAGUUUGGGAGCGAGACACCCUGCUCUGGGAAUCCUCCGGGGUGGAUUCCCUGAAACUCGAGGCUGGAGAGUUGGAAGCAGGGGGGGGGGCUGGGAUGGAUCCCCCCUCCGGAGCAGAGCCGCUGGUUUGGGAGAUGAGCGGAUUGAGACUCUGGGCCCUGUUGCACUACCACGGAUCCGGCCCGAGCUCCAAUCCGGCCACUUCCAUGGGGAUUGCUUUUGUAGGACACUCCCGUUUUAAAGCCAUCGGGGCCGUAUCCCCCCAAAUCCAGCCUCCCAUUCCAGGCCGGGCCCAGCGGGAACGGGGCUGGCACCGUGUUUCCUCUCCCCCGAGUAUUCCUGAGGGAAGGACGCUGUUCCCAAGAGCCAAAUCCCUCUGCCGCGUCCAAGUUCUCCUGGAUCUCACCACCGUCGCUCCUGGAUUCUCUGGACCCCUCUGAGCUGGCGACAUUCCUGCGGGACUGCUGGGAUUCUCAUCUCAGAGCUGCCUGGAGGGAUCAACUGGAAAAUUGACCCGGUGUUGUUUUCCGAGUCCCUGUGGAAUCCGGGAACCUUUCCUGGGUUGGAUCCCUCUGGGUCCUCACACCACCCAUAUGCAGCAACCAUGGAUCGGUGGCAGCCUGUCAUUGGGAAUUCAAGGAAAAGAUGGACUUUUUUCCAAGUGUUGAAACCUUGUGUUUACAGAGCUGCUGUUGGGAAGGUAUUUAUUAAGGAAACAGGGAGGUUUUCCCAAAGGAAAAGCCUGGCCAUCCUCUCCUCCCCAUGCCUUUUCUGCUGGGGACUGAGGGAAGAGAGGGUGGGCAGGCAAAAUUCCAAGUUCCCUGCUUUCCAAGUGGCUGGCAUCUGGGGGGAGCUGCCUGCAUCCCUCUCCCCCCUCCCUCUCUGCUCCCCUGCACAAGCCCCCGGAGUGAAGCUGGAGGAAGUUGGGAGUAAAUCUGCCUGAGCCGCCCCAGGGUCCAGAGGAACCUGCUCAGCUGCUCCAGGCAGGUUUUCCAAUGAUGGGAGCAGCAGGAAAACUACCUAUUUAGGGAAUGAAACCCUCUUGUGACCUGGAAAAGGCCCUUUGUUGGCAAAGCAAAGCUCAGCACUUCCUGAGGGGUCUCCCUGGAGUUCUCUCCUCCUUCCCUGGAAAAGGAAGUCCCACUUUACCUUCCUUAGAAUCCCGUUGUUGCUCCCCGUCCCCCUCCUUAGCUGAGAUCUUUCCAUUGUGGGAGGAUGCUGUGCUUCCCAGGAGCUGGCAAAUCCCUGGGCUCCCCGUGGUGUCCGGAAGCCUUGGGAUAGGCCUUCCUUUGGGAAUCCAGCAGGAGCACUUUAUAACCAAUGUGCACUGAUGGAAGCAACUCCAGGUGCAUGGAAUUUCACUGGAAUCUCUGUCCAAGUGCUGGUAUCCCCCUCACCUGAUCACAGGAUACACAUUCCCUGCUCCUUACCCAUUCCAGAGCCUUCCAAAGUGCUUUUGGUGGGAAGUUAAAACAUUAUCCCUGUGGUUUAAGGUUCCAAAGGUGGCCUUUCCCUGCAUGGAAUUGGAGCAGAGGAAGCCCCUCUGGAUUCAGGGGAAUGCGAGGAAGGAAAAAUCCUUUGGUUCCAAGGAACUGGAAGUUCCUGUUGUUUUUGUAGGUCCUGUAAAAAGGAGCAGGUUCGGGAGCUCAGCACAGCCCAAUCCCUCCCCUCAGGAAGCACCACCAAGGUGAUUUUUCAGGAAUGCGCACAAAAACCCGGGAAGUUUGGAGGGGAAGAGGGGAGCUGAGGGGCAGGGGGGGCAGGGCUAGCAGGCUAGCUCACUUCCCGGCCCGGGAAUGGGAAUAAGGAGCUCAUUCCUGCCCUUAAUCCUGGCAAGAAUUAACCCUUAGCACUAAGGCAGAGCUUUGGAUCUGCAAAGCACUUUAAAACCUUGAAGAAAGGAUCAUCUCCGUCCCUGGGAGCCGCAGGGACACCUGGGAUUAGGGGGGAUCCCUGGGGAGGAGGUGCCUUUAGGUGAGGAAAGUGGGAUAUCUCCCUCCUAAACGAUUCCAGUCGGGAUCUGCUGGCAUUGAAUGGCUCAAAUGUUGCACUAGAAAGUCACUUCCCACCUGUGUCCUGGAAAACUCCAUCCUUGGCUGACUGGUCCCUUCUCUGGGCCAUUGGAACUGUAUCCCAUGGGAAGGGGGUUCCCUGGCCCUGACUGGAAGCAGCCUGGAAUGCUGCAUUAAAAGCCUGGCAAUCCCUCAUUCCUGGGAGCUGGGCUUGCCGUGGAUCAAGGAGCAAAGGUGGAAAGGAAUCCCUUGGAGGUUCAGAUUGUGCCAAACCGUGGACAAUUCCUGGGCUCUGGUGUUCCCUCUUGACACACAGAUCUGAUCCCAGUGCUCCCAAAGGAAAUCCGUGUUCUUGGAAUUAUUACGGCUUUAAAUCUCCUUUUGUCUUGAUCCCCAUCCCUGUGUCUUGAUCCCCAUCAUUCCAAGUCUCAAUUCCCAUCACUCCUUUGCUCUAAGGGCAUUUGGAAAGGCUGAUCUCCUAUUCCUUCCUGGAAAAGCACCUCUGGAAUGCUGGAAUAAAUGCUAAACCUGCAACUGCCUCCUGCAUCCACACUGUUCACACUUCCUGCUUUCUCUGCCCACUCUUUCUUUGGAAAUGUGAAGCAUCUCCAGGUUUUUCUUGGCUUCUGCUUCCUUCUCUUAAGCUUUGUGCCUUCCAAUCUUCCUGUAUUCCUGUGAUAUUCCGACACGAUGGCCCACCCUGUGUCGAGGCAGCGCUGGAAGUGCCUGACAUCCCAAAUCCCAGGCACCCAGUUCCAUGUCACAUCCUCAAAUCCAUUGUGAUCCUCCUUCCAGCACUGGAUGGCCUUUAAAGGCCCUUUCCAAUGCAAAGGAUUCCAAGAGUUUCUUGGGAGAGGAGCGGAGCAUCUGCAUCCCUAAUAAUUGAUUUGCUUGUGACUUUACCUGCAGCAGUGCCAGGAAUUUUGGGAAGGAUGUGCUGAGGGAUUUACAAGCCCUCCUCCAAUAUUUAUCCUUAUUCCUUCUCCAUUUGGAAUAUUGAAUUCCUCCUAAAACUUCCACUUCCCUCUUUUCUUUGCUCCCUGUUCCUCUCACCUCAUCCCUCCUCUUAUCCCACAUCCUUGAUAGCUCCACUGGAACAGGGAAAACUGUUCCCUGCAAUCUCAGGAUGAUCCAAAGCAGUUAAAUGGAAUUCCUGGAAUUUUUAACAUUUUUCCCCAGGGAAAACUGGAUUUUUAGGAGAUGUUUUGCUCUCUCCAGAGGACUGGGAUGGCAAAGCUGGUGGUGAGUGUGGAUGUAUAAAUCCAAUGAUUCCCAUUUCUGUUCUUUUGGGAUAUUGUUGCUUCAAAUCCCGGAAUAGUUGAUGGUCCCCAGAAGGAUUUAGGUGGGAAAUCUUUGUCCAGGGGCACAGAAGGAGGGAAGACUCCAGGAGCAGGAUCUAAUAUAUUCCUCAGGCACUUGGAUGUUUUCCCAGCUUUUUUUUUUCCUCUUUUCCUGCAGGCAGAUGAUAAUGUUUCCAUGGAUUUCCAAACUGGGACAUAGGAAUAAUCAGGAUUAUCCCUGGAAAUGGAAAUUAAGCAGGAAUAGUCAUUGCUGUGUUUAGGUUUGUAUCCCAGAACCUCCAUAGGGUUGGAUUUCCAUGUUUGCCUUAGGAAUUGCUGGGCUGGAGCUCUGCUGGCUGCUGGGUUUAUCCCUGUCCAGUCUGGGAUAUCAUUCCCUUGGCUGUAGACCAUUCCAGCUUUGCAGGAUAGUAGCAGGAACAUUUCAUUGCCAUGUUUUUUUUAGGGAUAGGGGUUGUAACUGCAUCCUUUGGGGAACAUGCAAACGUUCUCAGGGAGGUUGGGGACUCCCCAUCCCUGGCAUUGUUCCAGGCCAGCUUGGACAGGACUUGGAGCAACCUGGAAUUCCAGUGU